CCCUAUUUUAGGGUCGGAUUUCAAUGUAUUUACCACUCAGUCCCGCUUCCAUUUAGGGACGGUUUUCAAACCCGCCCCUAAAUCGAAACCCGUCCCUAAAUUAGGGACGUUUUUUCAGAAUCCGUCCCUAAUUUUAGGGUCGGUUUCGAAACCCGACCCUAAAGGGGAAUCCGUCCCUAAAUCCGACCCAAAAUUAGGGUCGGUUUUCGAUAUAAGUCAUGCACGAUUGAGGAACGCUCCAGCUCUUUCUCGCGUUGAACUGACGUCAUUCCUGCUGAUGCUACAUUCGUGAUUGGAUAGAGAUUUCUCCCUUUUCAAAAUUUUCCAACGGAAUUGGAUUUUUAGCCAAAUCCAACAAAAAUGAGUGGUGAUGUCAUCCACAGCUGAUGAGUUGAAGCGACACAAUUGAGCUGAAGCUCGAUGCAAAGACACAAUGAUGCGCACAAUUCUGAGUGCGAAGAGAUUUUGUACUGGUCCAAAAGCACAAAUCGAAUCAACGGAGCGAAGCAAAAGAAAAUCAAAGAAGGACCAUGGACCGCGACGAAGCCAAUGCAAGAGAUGCCUUUGAGCAAGAGCGAAGGAUUCUCCUAUCCGGUGUCGCAGAGAGUCUGUCGAGUGUGGUGAAGCAAAUGGCCAGAGCGAAUGAAAAUUUGAACGGACUGGAUAGCUCCUGUGAUGAAGUGGAAAAGGUGGCAGGGCUCUGGAAGGCUGCCUAUCAUCGGGAUGCCAAUAGUUCCUCCUCCUUGGACCAAUCAUCAUCAUCACUGUCACCUGCCAAGUCAACAACAACAACAACAACAACAACCAGAACUUCCUUGCUGCUGUUUCAAGAAGAUUAG